AUGGCUACCCCUAGCGUCCUUGUCUUUGAUGCUGAGGGUCGGGCUGUUGACUUUGAGGUAUGGGUCGAUGAUCGGCUGCUUUUCCUACAGUGCGAUAGGAAAGACGGUCUCUCACUGUUCGAUCUCACGUCUGGCGCCUCUACUGCCGCUGCUACUGAUGCUGACAGCACUGUUCGCUCACAGUGGGCCACACGCGAUGCUGCUGCCCGUCUUGCUGUGCGUAGUCACCUGCCGUCCACUGAGCGCGCGCACUUUAGUCAGUACAAGAGUGCUAAGACCUUGGACCACUUCCUCUCUGUUUGCCCCACCACCCUCACCGUUGACCUCCUCGAGGAGCGCCUCCUUGCAGCUGAGAAGAGCAUAGUCGCUGUAGGAGCCUCUCGUGGUGACCCGCGUUCCCCCUUCUUUGAGGGGUGCUCCCCCUCUCCCCUUUUGCCCUCUGUUGCCUCUGCUGCUACCGUCGACUUCGUUGGCACUGAGUCGGUCGGCGCUGCGUCUGCCCCUAGCGGGAGGCGCCGCACCGGCAAGGGCAAGGGGGGCAAGGGUGCUGGAGGAGCUGGCGGGGGCGGUGGAGGUGGCGGUGGAGGAGGCGGAGGGAGUGGGGGUGGCGGUGGGAGUGGUGGCGGGGGUGGGGGCUUCGGUGGCGGCGGCGGUGGCGGUGGGAGCGGAGGAGGAGGAGGUAGCGGCGGCGGUGGAGGUGGCGGCGGCAGUGGUGGAGCGCGGGGUGGGGGUGCUGGUCCUUGUGCCUACGUCCUGCGUACCGGGAACCGCACUGGUGAGCCGUGCGGUGGUUCGCACACCACCCAGCGCUGCUUCGGCCGCCUGACGGAUGCUUGGCGUCUCCAGUUCCCUGACGCCACUGAGAUCCCUCGCUGGGGCGAGCUGCUUAGGUCGGGGGUUGCUAUCUUUGAUCUGGAUCAUGAUGCUAUUCUUGCUGCCAUGUAUGUUGUCUCUACUAGUGAUGAGGGUGACUGUUACCUGUGUGUUCCGCCUGACCCGGGCAUUGAGGCUGCUGCUCUAGGUGCUGGUGAGGCUGCUGCUCUAGGUGCUAGUGAGUCUGCUGCCCCAGGUGCUGGUGAGUCUGCUCUCUCAGGUACCACGUCUGCUCAGGCGUUGCACACUUUCACCCUUGACUCGGGUGCUUCCCGCUCCUUCUUUCGAGACCGCACCACACUCACGCCGCUUAGUCGGCCGGUUGCAGUCUCCCUGGCAGACCCCUCUGGGGGCCCUGUCCUUGCCCGCUUCUCCACUGUCCUACCGUGUCCGGCGGCCCCUUCUGGCACCCUGUCUGGUCUUUACCUCCCCUCGUUCUCUACAAACUUGGUGAGUGGUGCUGACCUACAGGAUGGGGGGGUUGACCAGUUCACUCCUGCGAGCAUGGCCUCCCGUUACCUUGUCUCUGGUCUCCCCCGGUCCCUCCCUCCCCUUCCUCCGGGGCCUGCCCCCACCUGCGUUCCCUGCGUCGAGGGGCGGCAGCGCGCUUCUCCUCACUCCUAUGAGUUUCCGCCGACAGAGGCUCCGCUGCAGAUUCUUCACAUGGGCGUGUGGGGCCCAGCCCGUGUCUGUGGACAUGGUCAAGAGCGUUACUUCCUGUUGGUGGUUGACGACUACUCGCGUUACACCACAGUCUUCCCCUUGCGCAGCAAGGGUGAGGUCACUGAGGUGUUGAUCGACUGGAUCCGCGCUGCUUGUCUCCAGAUCAGGAGGAAGAGUUUUGGCUCGGACUUUCCUGUUCUGCGUCUGCACUCCGACAGAGGUGGAGAGUUUUCCUCCGACCUUCUGCGAGCCUUCUGUCGUGCGAGGGGCAUCCGCCAGACGUUCACGCUUCCGGCCUCUCCACAGCAAAAUGGGAUUGCUGAGCGCCGCAUUGGCAUGGUCAUGGACGUCGCUCGUACGUCCAUGAUCCAUGCGGCUGCUCCCCAUUUUCUGUGGCCGUUUGCAGUUCAGUACGCGGUGCAGCAGAUCAACCUUCAGCCCCGGGUCUCCUUGCCGGAGACCUCCCCCACCCUUCGGUGGACGGGGAAGGUUGGCGAUGCGUCUGCGUUCCGUGUCUGGGGAUCUCGGGCUUUUGUCCGAGACUUGUCUGCGGACAAGCUGUCCUCCCGUGCUGUUCCCUGCGUCUUCCUUGGCUUCCCCCCUGACGCGCCUGGUUGGCAGUUUUACCACCCCACCUCGCGCCGUGUUCUGUCCUCCCAGGACGUCACGUUUGACGAGUCGGUUCCGUACUACCGUCUCUUCCCCUACCGCGCUGCCCCCCUUCCCCCCCCCUACCGCUCUUCCUCGUGCCAGGUAGACGCAGUCGAGCCUGUCGAGGUAGCUGUUGACUCUGGUGCUGCUCGGGGUGCUGCGCCUGCGGGUGCCGGGGCUGGGGGUGCUGAGCCUGAGCGUGCAGAGACUGGGGCUGCUGGGACUGGGGGUGCUGCGUCUGAGGGUGCUGAGCCUGGGGGUGCUGAGUCUGGGGGUGCGGAGCCUCGGGGUGCGGAGCCUGGAGGUCCUUCGGGUGCUUCGCGUCGGCGAGAGCUACCCUCUCUACAGGAGCUGCGCAAGUGGUUUGCUCAGCGUUGGAGUCGUGCUGCUGGAGAUGGUGUUGCUGCUGGUGCUGCUGGAGGUGCUACUGGAGUCGGAGCUGCCGCUGGGGGUGCUGGUGCUGUCCCCGCUGGUUCUGGAGGUGCUGCGCGGCCUCGGCCCCCGCCUCGUCCGCGUCACAGUUACAGCUCGCCUGUCCACUGCCUUCCUUCUCCUUCUCCCUACACUGGUCCUACUGGAGGUCUUGCUGAGCGUCGUGAGCCUGAGUUGCGUCCAGCGUCGCCUGUUCGUGCUGCUCGCACUGGUCGCCGUGUUCCGCGUCUGUGUCCUCCUGCGGUCCCAGGCACGCACCAGAUGGCACUGCGUCCUUCCACUGCUCCUCUGCGAGUCCCCUUGCCGUCUCCUCCUGCGUCCUCUCUUCCUGCUCUUGCUGACCCGGAGUCUGACUCUCUUCGUGCUGCCAGUCCUACUGUCACGCGUCUCCUAGCUACUGUUGUCACUGACCCUUCCUUUGAGUCCACUGCUGCGUCUUCCUUAGUUGCUAAGCUGGUCGACUUCGCUGCUGCCUGUCGUCUAGACUACGCUGCUAGUCUUGUUGCUGAGUCUGAGUCUGUCUGUCCUCCGUCCGUCGAGGGUGAGUGUGCUCUUGGCACGGACGUCCUUGAGGACAGGCAGGAGGAGUUUCAGUGCUUUGCUGCUGCUUUACCUCAUCUCGUGUCCAUGCUGCUUGCCCCUGAGGGAGACCCGGAUGCACCAGACAUCCCGACUCCGCGUUCUUACGCGGAGGCGAUAGAGGGUCCCUACUCCUCUCAGUGGCAGGCAGCCAUGGACGCAGAGAUGGCUUCCUGGAAGUCCACAGGCACCUACGUCGACGAGGUUCCCCCACCUGGGGCGAACAUCGUCAGUGGCAUGUGGAUCUACAGGGUGAAGCGGCCGCCGGGUUCUCCGCCUGUCUUCAAGGCGCGUUACGUGGCUCGAGGCUUCAGUCAGCGGCAGGGAGUUGACUUCUUCCAAACCUUCUCCCCUACCCCGAAGAUGACCACUCUUCGGGUGCUGCUACACAUAGCCGCUCACCGUGACUACGAGCUGCACUCUCUUGACUUCAGCACUGCUUUCCUACAAGGCAGCCUGCACGAGGAGAUCUGGCUGCGCCGCCCUCCUGGCUUCACUGGGUCAUUUCCUCCUGGUACCCAGUGGAGCCUCCGGCGGCCAGUCUACGGUCUCCGCCAGGCGCCCCGCGAGUGGCACGACACACUGAGGACUACACUUGCGGCUCUUGGGUUUGCUCCUGGGAGACACAGACCAGAGCACAUGGCUGCAGCAAAGAGGCUGUGA